AUUAAAAUACAUAAUUUCCCACAUAUCAGAUGGUUUGGCUGCCAUCUCACAAUGACAUUGGCUUUCUUCGCCUAUAUGCCGUUUAUGGCAGCGCAGUUCUAUCCACGCUUCGAGACACUUAUACCAGCAGGUUUGAUGGUCGGCUUUGGAGGCGGUCCACUGUGGUGUGCAAAAUGCACCUACCUCUCCACAGUUGCGGAAGCACUGACUCAGGUACGUGGCAAUGAGUCGCGCAAGGAUGUGAAUACAGUGAAAUUCUUUGGCCUUUUCUUCAUUUUCUAUCAAAUGGCGCAAGUGUGGGGCAACUUGAUAUCUUCUUCAGUAUUAUCCUUUACCUCCUCGGCCGGCUCAGAGGUAAAUUCUACGCUCGAUGCUCUCGUCACACCACCGCCCAUAGAAAGUCGCGUGGGUGAACUGUGUGGCGCCCGUUUCUGUCCUGGGAUUAGCGCUGAAGUUAAUCCGAAUUUAAUGCCCCCCGAGCCGGCGAAAAUCCAGCUGCUCACCUCAAUUUUCCUGAUUUGCAUGGCCGCAGCAGUGGCGCUAAUGCUCUUCGGCGUGAACUCCCUGAAACGCUACGGCGUACAUCGCACCGACUCCGGCGAUGGCAUGUCCGGCUUGCGCCUGCUUACCGUGACCAUUAAUAUGCUGCGCAAGCGUCGCCAAUUGCUAAUUCUGCCUAUUACAAUGUUCAUUGGAUUGGAGGAAGCCUUUCUGGCUGUGGAUUAUACGCGCUCGUUUGUCGCCUGCGGCUGGGGUAUUUCGAAAAUUGGUUUUGCCAUGAUUUGCUUCGGCGUGGCAAAUGCUAUCGCUGCCGGCAUUGCAGGCGCUCUUGUUGAGCGAUUGGGCCGCAUCACUUUGUUCGCCGCCUGUGCUCUCUUAAAUGCUUCGCUUUUCAUUUACAUGUUCUUGUAUGAGGCGCGCGAGGGCGAUUAUGUGAAGUACUGCGCAUUUGCAGCAAUUUGGGGUAUUUGCGAUGGUGUGUGGUUGGUGGUGGUGAAUGCUUUUUAUGGCAUUCUAUUUCCCAACCAUCUCAUCGCCGGCUACAGCAACUUCCGUUUGUGGGAAUCAACUGGUUCGGUUAUUGGUUAUAUAAUCAGUUCACAGUUGUGCACAGGGACGAAAUUGGUAAUACUGCUGUGUGUGUUGGGCGUCGGAAGCGCAGGGUAAGUUCCUCGAAAGUGCGAAAAUUGUUGAAAAAGCUGGCGCUU